AUGAGUACGGCGCCUUUUGGGUACAGGCCGUCAUCCGAGGCCUUCGAGCGGCCUGAUACAAAAGACAGUCCAGGAGACAAACGCCAAAACAAUGCAACUACAGGAGCAUCGGCCGCUGGCAUGCGGGCUCUGACUGCGCGCAUGUUCGCUUUCUACUUUAGGGUACCCGUAAAAGCAUUCUUUCGAACAAGGAUCGAGCUGACUCAGAUGAGGNCUUUCCCGAGGGCUAUCAACCCUCUUCUACAGACCAGUGGGAAAUGGUCCUGGAAAAUGACUACUCCUGGAAUAUUGGCUUAUGCUGUACAAACUCAUGGAUGGUCGUUCAUUCCUAACCAGGUUCUGCCUCCAUUGCUGGCAAACGUUACUGUUGGAGCAGUUCUAUACACAUCCUACCUCGGUGCACUUGGCCUUUACUACGAACCGGCUUCACACUCCUCUAAGAGAAUCUACCCACCAGCUCCAUUGUCCUUAACAUUUGCAGCUGGCUUCUCUGCGGGCGCCUUCCAGAGUGUCGUUGCCGCACCUUUGGAUGCCCUCACAAUUCGGUUUAAGACAACCGAUCUUACUCAGGGCUCGUACAAGAACAUGUGGGACUAUGCUUCGAAGAAACUUCAGACCAUCGGCGUCCGUGGUGCGUUCGCAGGAUGGGGGCUUUCGUUCGUUAAAGACUCCUUUGGAUAUGGUCUGUUCUUUGGAGCAUUCGAGUUCAUCAAGUCUCAAUGUUUCUAUGAGUACGUGAGUCACUGGUACUCGCGUUACGGUAUUCUAUCCAUGUUCCAUAAGCAUCAGAUCGAGCUGCAGAGAGUCAGCGAUCAAGAGGAACGGCCAGUGAUUAAGCCACAUUAUCUCAUGGAGCCCUCAUUCAUACUUCUUGCUGGCGCAACAGCAAGUGUGCUACAACAAGCUGUUGCCCAUCCCCUCACGCGGAUACAGGAGCUUCACUUCCAGCGAUUGGCAACACUCGAUGAACUGUUGCAAGCUAGACCGGGGCGAAUGGACACCAUGCAAUUAUAUGCUCGAGCGUAUCAGAAAACAUGGAUACAGGCUGGCAAGCGUGCAACAAAAUCAGGAGGCUGGCUAAGAUGGCUGUAUCAGGACUUCUGGAUGACAACGUUGCGUCAGGUACCAUCAACCGCGGCUGGUCUGAUUGUGUUCGAGAUCUUCCGUCGCAAAUAUGGAAUUGGAGAGGACGCCGUUAAGAUUCCGAAGGAUGAAUAUGAUAUCUUACUGCCCUGA